UAUACGGGCAACAGUGGUGCCAUCUCUUUAUGGGCUUUGUUAGUUACGCAACUAAGGGCACCUAGUGUCGCCCUACGACAUUACAGUGAUUCAUGGCGUAGAAGAGAAGAAAGAGGAAACACGGAUCGGCCAUCAUGCCUAGUCCCGGGCUGGGGCCGAACAAAAUUCCCCUGACGGCCAAAGAGCCGAGGGUGGACAGCUGAGGCGUCUGCCCAGUCCGACAAAAUUAGGGCCCAGUGAUGGCGUGAAACAUACCGACCAGGACCAGGGAACCGUGUUCCCUCCCAACGAAAAAUCGUCAUGAAGUGGUUCAGCGGCAACAUGCUCCAGGCCAUCGCCGAGGCCCACAGCCGACGCGUCCUGCUCCUGGUGUUCGUCGAGGGCGACGACAUGGCCUCGCGUAACAUGCGCUCCACCUUCGAGGACGCCGAGGUGAGCAAGCUCAUCGACGUCAUGGGCUGCGUUCCCAUACGGCUCCAGGCAAACAGCAGCGCCUGCCGCCAGUUCAAUCUCGUCUACCCGGUGACCGCCAUCCCGUCCGCGUUCUUCAUCAGCUCGCGCGGCAACCUCGAGGCUUCCGUCGUGGGCUUCACCGACCCGGCGUCGCUCAGCGACCGACUCGUGACGCUCAUGGCCUCGUGCACCCUCAGGAAGGUCGAUUCGGACAUGCGCAACGCGAGCGAAGCGAGCUUGUCCCUCGACCGCAUGGCGCGCGCGAACCGCCACUCCUCGUCGGCACGCCUCCCCGUCUCAGUCUUGGCGGCUGAAGGCGCCAGGGCGCUCUCCAAACAACCGCCAGCCGAAGGCGUCGCCAAAAAACGCAGCAAGGGCGGAGAGCGACGAUCCAAGAGGAAACACAAGAUACAAGAGGCCAACGUGCAGACCAGCAUCGUGCUGCUCGCCGAACAGUCCACGCAGAUCGACAUGGACGACAAGCGGUCGAACAACAGCCUGCUCGAGAAACUCGCAGCGAUGGAAGAGGCCGCGUUAGUUUCGCUCACCACAGUCACCACGGCCGAAGUCCACGGCGACCUGGCUGGAGAUCUGGUGUCGCUGAUGGGAGACGGCAAUGAAAAGAAAGACCUGGGAAUAACACCGGAAGAACUCAGCGGGAAACCGCUCGCCGGAACCACGGGGGCAGCGACGGGUGGCGAGUCCGUCGACGUUGAGAAGAAAGAGAAGCCUGCCGCUUCGAACGAUGACAACAGGGAGAUGGCCGAUGCCGCCGAGGGCGCUAAAAACUGUUGGAACGAGCAGGUACGCCCGGGAUCACACAAAAAUCCUCCCAAGGGAAAUGACGAGAUUAAUGCAACCAUGCCACCACAGCCGCCGCCUCUUCCACCACCGCCGCCAGCGGCGGAAGCCGUUCGCGCGGCUGACGUAGAGCACCCGACCAGCGUCGCCGUCAGUGAUGUGCCGCUGGUAGGGCCGAGCGACAUAGAUUCGGUGUCGUGCGACGUGGCGGAUGGCUCCACAUUGCUAAUUAAGUUCGCCGUGCUCGCGCACGAGUUUGCCGACAAGGUCUUGGGUAGCUCGCAGUACGAGCACUACGACUCCAAAUCUUUGGAAGCGUCGGCCGCCGAGACAACCAAGGCAUCUGCGAACGUGCGGAGAUUCGCAGAGUCCUCGCAGAAGCAAAAGUCCAAGAAAGAACAGCAGGUCACCAAAUCAAAGGCGCCGCCCCCGGCCAAGAAUGUCGAAAUUUACGCGAAGGACCAGAGGCAGAGGCAAUAUGCGGACACGUUCAAGAGGUCGUGCCAGCUGGAGUGCCUCCAGGGAAACGUGGGCGACGCUGCCGAAGCGAUCGCGGCGUUGCAAGAGGCCGCGUUCGAACAGGAGGGAGACAAGGACACUUGGACGAAAAAGCGAAGCGCUUUUUCAGGCGCACGUUCCCUGAAGCAGCCGCGUAAUUCAGACUCGCAACAGUCAAGCACUCUAGACCAGCAAGCUAAGCACAGCUCUGAGAAACGCAAGAAGCAUAGCGAAUACCCAGCGAAGGACCAUGCGGGAGACUCGAAGAAAGUCACGACGACGUUGAAGAAGGCGACCGCAAAGGCAGCUGCAGCGUUCGUUUCUUCGACUAGAGAGCAGGACACCGGCCGUAGUCAAAUCGCCCAGAAGAUCAAGCUCUUCGAAACGGCCGCUGUCAAAGCUCAGGAUGCGAAGGUCACUUUGGAUGAGAAAAGGAUGAGAAGAGCAGAGAUGAGAACAGAAGAAGCGAAGAGGCCAAAGAGCGCUUCGCCGCCGAAGCCGCAAGUCAACGACAACCCGGCGAGAUCUCCCGAGAACGGGUCGCCGCGAACGCACGUUCAGACGCCGCCGCCGCCGCCAAUUCUCGAACACGACAUGUCCAUCAUGCGUGCGCGACCGGGAAUCGAAACCAUCACGGAGGAAGAGACCGGCGCCAUCGACUCUUGCCUUACGUCUCCGCAACCCACCCCGUCACCCCCGCUAUCACCGCUACCUCCUUCUCAGGAUGAUCGGACUCAGCCAGAAGUCCAGAAAGUCACAGAAGAGAAGUCCUACAAAUCCUCCAUGAACGAACCCGGGUGCGAAGUGGCGGCUCGGCCGCUUCCGCUGCCACAGGCUCCGUCACCACAGCAGCAGCAGACAACGCAAACCACUGUGGCUCAGAAUCGCAAUCCUCCUCAGUCGCGGAAGGGCGCGCGACGGCCCUCGACUCCCACAAAAAGCAAGGAGUUCCUUACGGCCAGCAACUCCCAGCUGGAAGAGGCACUCGUCUUCGGUCCCACGCACCGCACCAGCGAUGACAGCGCUGCCGCGACGACGAAGAGGGCGCCGCCGUCGCAUUUGCGACCGAGAGAACAGAGGGCGAUGGCGGCCAGGAGCCAGCCCUACGAGCGCCUCGUGAGUAGCGACGGUGACGACGAGACCGUGGACGACGAGAUGGCGGCUCGCAGGACUCCCUCGGCCGCCGCGUUCAGAGUCGAGUCUGAUUGGAUGGACGAAAUGGCUCGCACGGCGUCUAGGCGCGCCCUUCUUUAUCGGGCGGGUGUUCUCGAGGAGUCGCUGAACAACCUGUGUCGCACGCUGAACGACAUGGAAGGUCCCACGAUGUCUCUGAGCGUCGGCGCCGACUCGCGCACCAACAUUGUCAAGGCACAUGCGAGAGCACCUCAGGGAGGCGGAGCAUCGGCAGCGACAGCGCCCGCGGCGCCCCCUGUGGCAUCGCCGAGCAAGCAGCGCGUCCACAUCGGCGACCAGAAGCGCGACGGCGUCGACGAGGAAAAUGCGAGUGCCGUCGAGGCCGUUGCGAGUAGCAAAGCCACGCAUCGUGUCUCGCUGUCGGGUAAAAACGUCCGCAACCGGGCCCAAAGCCGGGCGACGUCGUCGAGCCGUCUGGGAGGCAACGUCGGCGGUCGAUUCCCGAGCGCCUCCGUGUCGCAGGCCUCCGGAGUCGGCAACGCUCGCAAGUCGGCGAGCUUCACGCCCACGGUGGUUCGCGGCGCCGGCGUUGUAGUCGGCCGCGCUGACGACGCGAACAUCGUUCUCAACCUGCCGAACGGCAGCUCGGUGCAGAAGUCGUUUCCCGCGUCCGCGUACCUGGACGAAGUGCGCUGGUACACCGAGGAGCUGCUGGCCACGGUGCUUCCCUCCUGCUUCCCGUUCACCAUGGUGCGCACCAAGCCGCUGCGAGAGUUCUCGCGCGAGGAGUACCGCAAGACGCUCGAGCAGCUGCACCUGGCGCCGUCGGCGACGCUCCUGGUGCUGCCCAGAUCUGCGGCGCAGGGGGAGAGCGCUCUGCUCCCUAGCGGCAUGAUGGGCGAGCCGGUGUGGGUAUCCAUCUUCCGGCUGGUCGUGGGCAUGUUCGUGGCCACUCCGCUGUCGCUCAUCUGGAAGCUGCUGGACUGCCCGACCGACCCGGCGACGGUGGCAGCGCGCGAAGCCUUUCUGUCGGGCAGUCUGGGCAGCUCGAGCCUGUCGACGUUGCCGCCAUGUGGCGCCGCGACACCUGCGCGCAGCGUCAGCAGCGACAAAGUGUGUCGUCGCGGGCCUUCAAGCCACACCGACAACUUUGACAUCUUCUGAAGUGUUCACGAAUCGCAACGAUGUCGCGAACGAAAGAUCUUUAGUGAUGAUCGAGGCGGGACGAAUUUUCC